AUGAAGGUCUCUGUGGCUUUAGGGGUCUGGACGCUCCUUGCUGCCUUGAUUUGGCCUUGCACCGAGAGCAUCUAUGUGAAAGUAAGUUGUUCUGUGGACUGGGUGAUGAUCUCGGUUAGCCCGUGUGGGUACAGCAGCAAUCUGUAUAUAUUUGCUGAUGAAUUACAUCUGGGAUCGGGUUGCCCCGUGACUCGGAUACAAACAUACGCAUAUGAUUUCAUAUACCCUGUACAUGACUGUGGGAUCAGGAUAAAGGUUGUUUCAGAGGAUACUCUCCUUUUUCAAACAGAGAUGUACUUUAACCCUAGGAAUCUACAUUGUGACCAUCAGAAGAUCCCUUUGGAAUGUUCUGCCUCUAGGAAAUCGGUGUGGCUUACACCAGUUUCUACAGAAAAUGAAACAAAAUUGGACCCCAGUCCCUUUAUUGCUGACUUUGAGACCACACCGGAAGAACUAGGCUUACUAAGUUCAACUCCGCAGCAUCUGCGGCAGGCUCCGGGGCCUGCCCUGGUCACAGAGCUCCUGCAUAUUGUUCCUUUUUCCUGA